GCUUUCUUAUCGACACCUGGACUUUUAUCCACGAUUGCAGUUCUCACCUCAGCGCAUUGCAACCUUGGCAGCAGUAAGCGGGUCGGUCGUUUGGACUCUUCCACAACAUCCUGGAGCAGCUUGAAAGCGAUAGAGGCGCUUCUUGUAAAAUGCUUCCACGUCUGGAUCAUCGUUUGCGACAAUGCCGGGAACAGUAAUGGAAGCUGCUGAUGACGCCUCAGCCAACGACACCAUCAUCCAGCACCAUGCUCAUAGGAAUGGAGGUGGGCAUGGGGACGCCAACUCCGACGCCGACGGUGCAAGACCUAUGCAAGCGACGGAACCCGAUCAUGUCAUGAGACCAGAAGCGAAACAACUGCCCUCGCCCCAGCCCUCGCCUACCGUCGAUCCAUUUCCCUCUCUUGAAGUCACCGCUUCUACUCCUAAUGCCACUGUCCGUCCAGCCGGCGGUGUGGCGAGGCAUGGCAAUUUCGAAGCUACGAGGGAAGGCACGGCUGGAGAAGACGAAGAAGAAGAAGGAGAAGAGUCGGGGCACAAAGAAAGCAUAUCCUCUUCUACAGAUUCUUCCAAACAUAGCGAUAAUGAGUCUUCGUCGUCUUCUUCGCCAGCAGAAGAUGCCAAUACCGCAGUGGAGAGACCUCCGCAGAAAGUACUAGAUGCCCCUGCGCAAACAAAGACGCCGUCCACGUCUACGGCGUCCUCCAAAGAAAAAGAAAUCAAUGGCACCGGCACCGGCACCGGCACUGGCACGGUUCGCAAGCUCUCUGCUUCCCAGAUGCAAGCCCUGACUACAUCACCCGAGUCUUUGCCAGUUGCCGUGGUGCCCCCUCAGCCACCCGUCGGUAACAAUCGCAAGCCGAAUGGAAUGGAGUAUCCUCUAUCUGCUGGGGCGGCGGAAUCAGUCAACCGUCAGUCGUUGACUGACCAGGUGCAAAGCGCUGCCGGUGUAGGGCUGGGCAUACAAAGCAUCAUCAACGGGGCUAGUAGGUCACCGGUACUGAAUCCAAGGACUGAACCUUUGCAAUCCCGCCACUUCUCUGAGAACCCCCUGGCCACUCGGUUCCUUCCAGACAAACGGCCAUCUGUUACCAAUAGAACGCUCUCUCAGCCUCCUGUUAUGCGUCGGCCGACUGUAGGGUCUGGGUCUGCGAAUGCUACGUCGCCAAACACUGGCCGGCGCAACUCCUUCAACCCAGCCGCUCGUCCACCCCCGCUGAACCUGGGAAGUUCAGUCAACAUCACACCUGCUUCAAGGAGGAUUACGCCUUCGUCUCGCAGGCCAGACAAAACACCGUCUACAGAAGACAUGGAAAGCACGGAGCCUGUACAGGCGGCCCCCAUACAACAGCCAACCAUACCUCUUCCUCCCAUGUCUUUGCAUACGCAUCUACAGCUUGAACUGGCAGGCGUGCGGCCGAGUCCACUUUACAUUUACCGGCACCAAACAUCUGAUAUACCCUACGAAUCUAGCGCUGUCAAAUUUGAGCGCUUGCUUAAUGCCUUGUUGAUACCCCCUUACCUGGAAUUGACACUUGUUUUUGGCACGUUGGCUUGUUUUGACGCUUUCUUGUACACAUUUACCUUACUUCCUUUAAGGUUCUUUAUUGCUGCUUGGGUCCUGGUCAAGUGGUGGGGCUAUGUCGUAUGGAAAGAAGUCAAGUGGCUUACAGGCUUCGUCUGGCAAGGCAGCUGGCGUCUUUGGAAGAGAGGCCGAAAAAGUAGGGGCCGUCCCUCUGCGAGCCGGACGGAGAGCACUCAGACGACAGCAAGCGAAACUGAAUCUAGGAGCCAAAGCAGAGCACGCGAUACUGGCUAUGCUUCUGACGCCUCUCUAGAUGCAUCUCGGCUGAAAAGCAACGCUGGCUUCCACCCCCCAAAACAUGCCAUGCCGAAACAUAGGCCCGGAGUCUUUCGGCAUCGAAGAACCAAGUCAAUGCCAUCAGACUUGACUCCGUACCACAAGGCGGACCUUCUACAGGGAGCUGUUAUUAUAUGUAGCUCUCUCGCUCUCAUGACCGUCGACGCAAGCCGGAUGUAUCACUUCAUACGAGCCCAGUCCGCAAUGAAACUCUACGUCAUAUUCAAUCUCUUGGAGGUUGGUGACCGCUUGCUCGCCGCGAUCGGCCAAGACAUUCUCGAGUGUCUUUUUAGUUCAGAGACACUAUCUCGCAAUAGCUUCGGUCGAUCGAAGAUCCUUCUCCCACUGGGCAUGUUCAUCCUCUCCCUCAUAUACAAUGUCGUUCACGCUGUUGUAUUGUUUUAUCAAGUGAUUACUCUUAACGUUGCAGUUAACUCCUAUUCUAAUGCACUCCUUUCACUGCUCAUGUCGAAUCAGUUCGUUGAGAUCAAAGGCAGUGUGUUCAAGAGAAUCGAGAAAGAGAAUUUGUUUCAACUCACCUGCUCAGAUGUCGUCGAGCGUUUUCAACUUUGGAUCAUCCUAAUCAUCAUCGGUAUGCGCAACAUUGUGGAGGUUGGUGGCUUGUCAGUUCCAGGUGCUGGAAGUGAAAUGGAUCCAUCCAUGUCGGGUCCGGGCCCAAUCCAUACCGCAUCCAACUUACCGGCGAGCUUUACUUUGUUGCCCUCGUGGAUGUUCUCGGGCGAGGUUCUAUCGCCAUUCCUCAUCGUCAUUGGCAGUGAGAUGCUUGUCGACUGGAUCAAGCAUGCUUAUAUCAACAAAUUCAAUAACGUCAAGCCAGUCGUUUAUCGCAGAAUGCUUGAUAUAUUUUGCAAAGACUACUAUACCAACGCAUUCGGCGCCCCUGCUCUCACCCGCAGAAUCGGCCUGCCCCUCCUGCCACUCUCAUGUCUCUUCAUCAGAGCCUGUGUGCAGAUCUACCACAUGUUUCUCGCUACACAUCUACCGCCACCGAUGCCAACAGCAACCACCGCGAUCUCUCUCGAGUCCUCGGUACCAUCUUCGCCAGCAAUGCUGGCUGCGCUUGACCGUCUUGACAGUCUUCUCCGUAAUGCUUUGGGUCGCGCUGUUUACGGCAACCCCUUCACGCCUGCUGAGGGCCGGGCAUUCUGGUCCUUCAGCUCCGAUGAUGCUGUCGCUCUAAUCACCAUGUUGACCUUUUUCUUCUUGGCCUGGCUCGUGCUCCUCCUGGUCAAACUUCUCUUGGGAAUGGUACUUCUCAAGUAUGCUCGAGAACGUUAUGCUGCUGUUCAAGCACAGGAACAAUCCAUCGUGACAGGUGAGAAGAAGCGGGAAAGCUUCUUUCAACCUGGAAAACGAGUCGGGGGCUGGGGUCAAGUAGAGGUUGGGGACGAGAGACGUAAGCUGAUUUAUGCCGAUGAUCCCGAAGGUCUCAAGAGGAUGAGGGAUCGUGAGAAGAAAGGCGAACAGGCCGGUAAGAAGAUGGAAAUUGGCGAUGAUGGUCUGGAGAAAGUGACUAGAUAUGAGAUGAUUGCCAAGAGGAUCUGGUAACAUGGUGCGGACAUAACUUGCAUUGCACUUCAGCAUUGUUACGGCGUCACAUCACAUUUUCAGGAGCAUCAGGGUAAUUGAAGGCAUUUUCACCUUGAUUCGUUUCUUCAUUAUGAUUAAAACUGAAAAGUGACAAGCUCGUUAGUGUGGCGCUCCUGUUGGCCAGAUCAGUUUGAUGCAGCAUGAAUAUAUAUAAAAAAGCCCG